UCAAAACACACACACUUAUUCCAUUUCUAUAAACUACCAAUUAUCCAUAUUUUUUCUUCCCUUUAGUUUUUCUCCUAAAUUACAAUUCUUCUUUCAGCCUUCAAUUUAUUUUUCUAUGCACGAAACAUCAAAAUUCAAUUUUGUUUGUUAAAUUGGAUAAUCAAAUUCAAAAAAUAAUUGGAUUCAAUAGAGUAUUCUUAUUCUUUUAUUGCUAAUAUUAUUAUAUGCUUAUAUUUUAUAAUUAUUUAGGUGUUAUUAGCUAUUUCAAAGUUUUGAUUUUUAUUUUAUUAUUUGCAUUUGGUUCCUUUUUUUAUUCCGGUAUAUAUGUAAAUUAGUGCCUUUAUUCGGUGUAUAUACCUUUUUCAGAAUAUGUGUUUAUUUUAAGAAUUUGUGUUGGCUAUGAUCUGUAAUAAUGUUAAUCUAUUUUGAUGGUAGAAAAUAGAAAACAGGUUUAUGUAACAACAGAUUACUGCUGAUUUGAGAAAAGUCUGUGCAAAUCUGUUCUUUGUGAAAGUUUGGGUUGGCGUUAAUGAUCGGACAUGGCUUUUUCCCAUCUUUCGUGGUGGUUGUCGGGUAGAAAAGAUCGAAAACAAAUAUCGAAAGCUGGUUCUGUUAUUAAGGAACUUGAUAUUUCGAGAUUUCCUGAGAAAAUUGCACCUUCGGAAAGGGUGAAGCACAAAUGGCAUAGUAGGGAAGAGGGGAAAAUUGAUAAGGAAUGUGAUUUUGUUAUCGUUCGGUCUGACGAAGGAUGCAUUUCUGACGUUGAAUCUGUUGAUUCUGAUUGGUCUAUUGGCUGGUUGGAGCCUCACGGAACUGGAUUCUCUCGUGACGAUGAUGAAAGUCAUGAAUCAGAUAACAGUUUCGCUGUGCUUGUGCCUUGUUAUGGAAGCAACUACGGUGCCAUGUUGGAUGAAAGUCCUAAAAACAACUUAUUAAGCAAUGUUGGGUCUUUCUCAGAUGAGAGCAAGAAAUAUGUGGAAAAUUGGAUAUCUUCACUUCCUAAUACCUGAUGCAGAAACAUUUAUAGCUAUGUUUCACCAGUAUUAGAGGGACUCUGCAAGUAUUAGAGGGACUCUGCAAGUGUUGUUGAUUUGUAAAAAAAAUUAUUUAUUGUUUUUAGCAAUAAACAAUUGUAAAUGAUAGGGGAGAAAGUGAUAUGGAUCAAAAUCUUUAUUGUAAAUAUAUUAUGUACAUAAGAAAUUUGAUGUGUAGUGUAUGUCAAAUCAUGCACAUGU